AUGUUCAGAAACAUGAGUGAUGGGGGACAUUUCUCCGGCGGGCAGAGCUCGUCCUCUCCGACCGGGCAUGGAGUCACCUCUGUCGGGCUUGACAAUCAGGAAAGCUCGUGGAUCGGCCUGCUGUCCGUGGUGUCCAGGCCCGCGAUGUCAUUUCUGCAGAAAUAUCUCCCGGGUCGAACCCGAAACCCGACCAUGUCUGAUAGGGGAACUGGGUGGAUAAAUGGAGAUUUAAAAGGCAGUUUUGUUGACGAAGAGAGAGAGUUUUUAAGACAACUGGACGACAUGAUGCCGCUAACGCAGCACGCGGCUCCACACCUGACCUACCUGCGUUGUCAGCACAACGGAGCUGCCGGCCUGCUGGAGCCGAGAGACGGCUCUACUUUACCCUGGCUGACCGCUGAUUCUCUGCGGGAAAUAGGGGUUCAAAACGCAGAAAUGGACUUUGGACAAGAAUCUCAGAUUGGAUAUUUCUCUUCUGCCAGGACUUUUUUCAGUCAUGUUAUGUUGAGCUCGGUGUCAUCUCAGGAAAUAAAACCCACGGGAGGGAAAGACUGGGUGUCCGAGGCAAUGAGCUCCACCGUGAAGAGCAGCGGUGGUAAAAGCAGGACAUGGUGGGGCAGUUUUUGGGGAGGUGAGGAGAGCUCACAGAAAGGGCUGUUGUCAGAUUUGUCCUGGGCUGAGGAGGGGACAGUGACAGGCCAGCUUUGUCCACAGCAACCAGGGGCUGAGACAAAAGCUCCUGCUGCCGAAACAACCGAUGUGUUUGUCCAGAGGGACGGCAGGGAAUCGACUCUGGGAGAAAACACUGGACCGACUGACCACAAAGAGGAGCCGGCUAACAAUGGAGGCCUUCACACAGUCCAGAACACAGAGGGGUCCACACCAGACCACCAGCUCAACAUCAGCAACCACCUGAGCAGUUCAGGAGCUGCCGCCGCCUGCAGUGAGGUGGCACUUCUGACCCCUGAUCAGGACAAUGGUUACUCCAGUCUGGAGGAGGAGCAUUUCCAGAUGUGCCACCUGCACAUGGUGAAAGCCCCAAUUGAAGAACACCAGGAGACCGAACCGACUGAAAACUGUGCCACUGUCAACACAACAGAGAUGGAGGAAGAGUCGUCUGAGGAGGGAGAGUCUACAUCAGAAAAGCUAGAUAAGGAAGAAAACACUCAACACUCAGCCCCUCAGGAGUGUCAGUCUGCGGGGGCAACGGAGCACUCCACCCCCCAGUGCCCGAACAAAGCCAUUGCCUUCAUCAUGGGCUGCCCGUGUAGUGAUGAUGACGACAGCAGCCAAUCAGACAGGGAGUCAAGUGAUGACGAUGAUGAUGGUUUUGACAGCGAGGGGUCAUCUGAUCUGUCCGACACCACUGAUGAAGACGAUGAAGACGAUGACGAAGGCUCAGACUCGGACAGCGAGGGGGACUCUGAGACGGAGCGCCUGUGGAGUUCGUUGUGUCAAAGUGUGGACCCCUACAACCCCCAAAAUUUCACCGCCCAGCUACACACUGGCAGAACCCAGCCCAGGACCAUCCCCACCUCCACACCACCAUCCUCUACCCAGUCCACUCCUGCCUCCUCCCCUGACCUCACCCCUCUCCCUCUUUCCUCUUUGGCAGCCUCCCCUCCCCUAAACUCUUUCUCCCCUUCGUCCGGUCACGAUGUGUGGGAUGACUCAACUUCGGCCAGCGAGGUGGAUGAAGCCGAAAGCCUCCGUCUGUGGAGCUCCUUCAGCUCCUCCUCAGACCCCUAUAGCCCCUUUAACUUCCAGGCCCCGCUCAGGACUCGAGGGCCUGUUGAGGCUGCUCCCAGGGCCAGGGCCAAGAAGGCCUCCCAGACUCCACUCCAUUCCACCCACCAUAAAGCAGCAUCUCCACCUGAGUACAGUAAGCAAGAUGCAGAGGAGAGGCUGGACAGUGGCUUCUCUGAACCCUCCACCUCCUUCGGCUCCUCCACCACCCGGAGCUGUGGUACAACCAAGAAGGUUCGUUUCUGUGAUAAUGUGGAGGAAUUCUUCGCCAGUUGUGGUGAGGAGGAGGAGGACCGGCGGGGCCCUUGGGAGGAGCUGGCCCGGGAUCGCUGCCGAUUCCUGCGACGCUGUCAGGAGGUGGAGCAGAGCAUUGCCUACUGUCUGCAGCCACAGCACCGCAGCCUGGUCUACCACCGCCUCACCACAGUCUAUGUCCAGGACGCUUGAGGACAAUUUGUCCUGUAUGUCCAGGACGCCUGAGAUCAAUUUGUCCUCUAUGUCCAGGAGGCCUGAGGACAACGUUCUGUCCUCUAUGUCCAGGAGGCCUGAGGCCAACGAUCUGUCCUCUAGGUCCAGGAUGCCUGAGGACAAUUUGUCCUUUACAUCCUGGAUGUCUGAGGACAAAGAUCUGUUGUUUAGUUUCCAGGAUGCCUGAGGAGGACAGAGCAUCUGUUCUGAAAAUCCAGGGUGAUCAUGUAAUUCAACAUGUCUCAUUCUGAGGAAAUGGAAAGCUGCACUUGUUUAGCAUAAAUAUAAACAGUUUUGACACUAUAGAGACACAGAGAUAGCAGUUGGAUGGACUAAGAGCUGCUGAACUCUUUACUGACUGACUUUAGUCUUCUUUCUGAUGUGGUCCAGCCUCAGAGUCCACAUCUGUUUUGUUUCUGCAGCUUCGUCUUUUUUGAUUCAGUCGACUAAUUCAACAAGAUUCAGGGCAACUUCAUAACUGACUCAUUUAGUAAAAUACUGGCCUGUGAGGUGUUGUUAAGGUGUUCAUUGGGAUUUGAAGGGCUUAACUUGUGGCUUCACUGUGAGGAAUAACCCUGUUGGAGCUGAGAAGUCGUAACGUUGGGUUGGGACAAAAGCCUUUCUGCAGACAGGCAGAGAUCUCAUCUUCUCAGAUUUAUUUUUCAGUAUUUUCUCAAGCUGUUUCAGCUGUUCCAUUUUACACUUUGCAACAGACACAGAAACAAGAUGCUGUUUUAAUCAGAAAUAUGGAGUAAAGCUGAGAAACUAAGCAGGUGGUUCCCAAGAAAAGUCACAGGGGUCAGUAAAUGAUUAAAGGAAGAAGAAGGAAAAUGUGUUAAUGUUUAUCUACCGCUCCAGGCCUCUAAUAAUCCUCCAAAUGAAACAGUCAGUGGUUGUUUUUAUGAUUGAUUAAUCUGCCUUAUAAUUUGACAUAUAAUUAUUCAGUGUGAAUAAUGUUCAUCCCACUUUCUCUUCAAGGUGACGUCUUCAAAUGUCUUGAGUUUUGAUUCGAUUAACAACGACUUAAACCAGCAGAUCCUCACAUUUAAGAUGACUCCAUUUACUGAUAUGAUCAAUGAUUGUGAAUAAUUUCUGUUCCUUCUGAAACCCACAGUGAGGUUUGUCAGAUGUUCUUGUUUUUAUAUCUGAUGGAAACAGCAGCAUCUCUCUGUGACUCGGAUGUAAAGCUGACGAAUAGCCGACAGUGAAACCGCAGCUCGACUCUUUCCCUACACAUGGAAGUAAAACCAGUGAACAGACCCCGUCACAGUCCAGGUGAAACCUGUAGUGUGUAAUGAGGAUUCACGUGUGUGAAAUGACUCAGUCUAGUCUUUGUAUUUGCAGCCAAAGCUUUUAGUUUGGUCCCGUUUUCUCUUUAAAGCCAAAGAUCGCUGGAGUGUGAGUGUUAAAGUCUGACAUGAGGAGGAACUGAAGGCUCAGUGUUGAUUUGCAUGAAUUUCUCUUUAAUGUAGAAAAUGUUCCUCUAACUGCUCAGACUCACUAAUCACUGAUAAUCUAUCAAUACACAGAGUAUUCUGCUUCUAAUCAGUAUGAUAUACAUCACUGUGGUAUUAAAACAAAACUCCCUUUAAUUAGUCGUUUCUCUCACUGUUGAACUGAACAUCCAGCUGAUUAAAAAUCAGGAAACAAACAGGAAACUGCUGCAGGAUAAUUACUCUGCUUAUUCAUUGUCUGUCCUAAAUAUAAAAUGUUGUAUAUAUCUGUUUAAUAUAACACAGAUUUCUCAAAUAUGUCAGUAGUUGUACCACAGCUUUAAACAAAGUGUUGUAAAACUGCGAAUGAUGAUUUAAAUCAAACUGUUCAUGUUGCAGAUUUCCAGCGUUCACAUGUGCUGUGCAUCGUCCCAAAGUCCAAAACGAGGCCUUCAGUGUCCAGACUGACAUAUUCAUCAUUUAAAUAUUCAACCUGUUUUUAAGUAAUAAUAGUAGGAUGUCUUUUAUUAUCCAGUUUAUUUGAAAAUCCAGCCACAGUGUUCCUCUGGUGUUAUGUUUCCCUCCGCAGAUGAAUGUGUUGAGCAUAAAUGAGACCGGCCUCUGUAAUGAUCCUUGGUAUUUAAUUGCUUUAAUGUACUUAGAAGCUUAUUUUUCUAAUGUUGUGUCUUUACACUACAUUCAUUGAAUUCAAAAUUUAACUGAACCAUUGUUUAGACCAUCAACAGACCGUGGAGAGAGAAUUGACAGAUAAUUAUAACGUGAAAUACAUUAAAUGAUUCGUUCUGUAUAGUUUGUACUACAUCACACUGUUUGAGCAGUAAGUAAAAAAAUAUUGUUUUUCAGUGUGUGAUGUCAGAUGUCAGUGAAGCUGAAACUUCACGAAGAGACAGCAAAUCUUUUUCCUAAAAUAGAGUACUUAUUUUGUUGUUUCAUCACCUCCCACUAUUUAAAAAAAAAAGAAAAAUAGUUUCAGCAUCUUCAUCAUGUCCUGGAAGAAUAUUACCCAUCAGCAGCACACAGUCACAAAUCCCGCCAUGUCAAUUUAGUGAAGACGCUACAGACAAAAAACCUGCUGAGAAUCUGUGUCAGUCUGGAUGUAAAUGAGUGUUUUCAUUUUCGUUUUCUCGUAUCGUCACAAGUGUAGGAUGUUAAGUUCAACAGACAGAAAGUUAACGAACCUCUAACCAGACUGAGUCAGUCUGAACGGGGGGAGGGGGUUUCCCUUCGAAGACUCUGACUCAGUCAAAUGUUUCCAGGCUGAGCUAAUUCCUAUAAAGUAUCUGCAUGAGCCUCUGCUCCUACAGCACCAAUAUAAAGUCCUCACUUUAUAUCACUCACAUGAAGAGAAACGCUGAGGAAACUCGUGUGCGAACAGGUAAUUGAUGUUAAAAAGAUGAAUCACUACACUGUGUUCAAUUAACUGGAGCGGAUGGGCAAUGUUUUUGGGACUAAAUAAAAACCCAGAGGGGAACUUAUCAUUUUAAUUAAAAUGACAGAAAAUCUGAAAACAGAAAAACAGAGGGAGGUGGAACUUAAGAAAAAAAAAAAAUCGACAGAUGAAUCUUCGUUGUUAUUUUAGUCAAAAAAAAAAGCUUUUUAUUUUUCUAAUGCUUGAUUUGGUGGGUAACCUAUUCUGCUUCAUCUCCUCACAGUCUAAAUAUGAUUUUAAAUAUUAAAAUAAAAUCAAUAUUUAAUGAAAA